UCAUUUCCCUUCAUGCAUUGCGACAGAGAAGACGGUCGCCAUUUUGCAGAGGUGUGAGAGCUGAACAUUCGGGCAAAUUCGCACAAAAUUCCGUCGGAAAACAACCAACAUGAGCGACACUAACGGCGAAUACGAAGAGCGGAGGGAGAGCACUGGGAGACGAUCUAAGGGAUCUGCACCAAGAUCUGCAUCCCGGUCGGCCUCGCGAUCUCGGUCGCCCAGCGGAUCCAACCGCUCGUACUCCCGCUCUCCGUCAGCCCGCGCUGCCUCACGAUCUCCUUCCAGGUCACGGUCCAGGUCAGCCUCCAGGUCUCCGAGCCCACGCAAGCAUUCCAGGGCCUCGCGAUCCCGCUCUCGCUCGCGCUCGUACGACCGGCGGCGGCGCUACAGUCGUUCUCGUUCCAGGUCAAGGUCGCGUAGGAGAUAUAGGUCUCGCAGCAGAAGCCCCCGACGCAGCAGCUACUACGGAAGCAGCUAUGGAGGCAGCCGUUACCGUCGCAGCCACAGCCGAUCCCCCAUGUCCAACCGCCGCAGACAUGUCGGCAGCAGGGAAAACCCGACCACGGGCGCCUGCCUGGGUGUGUUUGGGCUGAGUCUGUACACCUCAGAGCGGGAUCUUCGGGAGGUGUUCUCCCGCUACGGUCCACUGCAAGAAGUACAAGUUGUCUACGACCAAAAGACCGGCCGAUCUCGAGGAUUUGCCUUUGUGUACUUCCAAACUACUGAGGAUGCAGUCGAGGAACAUGGACUGAGUGAGUAUCUUGAGCAGUUCGGAGUAACCCUGGAGUUCCCAGCAAACCGGUGGAAGCACAUUGUGAAAGCAGCUGUGGGGGAAAAAGAGGAAGAAAAGUGGGACGACAAAAUAAGUGGAAAUGACCUAGUAAAGCACAUGUUGACAGAAUGCAGAACAUUCCAGACGGUGAGGGAAGAAGUGACUGACCACCUUACUGACUUCCUUGGAAUCAGAGUAGCAGUGGAAGUGCACCAGCAGGGAGACGAGAGACUGACUGGAGUUCUCCUUGGUGCACAUAUAGGAGAAGAGAACAUUGAGACAGAACACUGGGAGGAGUUUAUCCUGCUUGUGGCAAGAAAGCUAAGACCACUAGCAAUAAUGGCUCUUAAGCAUAUAACAUGGAAAUGA